UUCAGGUUUCAGGCUGGAAACAGAGUUGCUGAGAAUGAGAUUUAGAGAAUUGUUAGGGUUUUCCGAGCGAGCAGAGUUCUUUAACAGCUACAAAGAUGACCUCAACUUUGAUGUUGUCAGCAGGGAAGACAGUGAGCUGAAGGAUGAAGAACUGAAUUUCUAUCGAGAUAGUCCUGACAGCUUCUACAUUGUACCAUUUGCUGACGCCCUGGACUUGGUUCAGAGCAGACAAGUGGUCAUCAAGAGUGGCGCUGUGUACAUACCCGUCAACAAUGAGGAAAUGAUUGCUCGUUUGGUGUGCAACAAGUUCAGACAGAAGCUUUCUGAGGAACUAGUGAAGACCCGCAACCACCUACCAGUGGUGGAUGAUGAUGAGAGGAUUGCCCCUAUGCUCAAGACCAUCAAACAUCGCUACCUUGGUGAGGACUUCUCCAGUGUGGGAGAGAAUCUGCAGGGAAGCAUCUCACUGGCCCAGAUUGACUCCGUCUCGAAGCAGUCCUUUCCUCCCUGUAUGAGACCCUGCGCAAAGAACACCAUCUGAGGCACUUCGGUCGUCUACAGUACGGACUGUUCCUCAAGAGCAUUGGACUCACACUGGACCAAGCUAUGGCCUUCUGGAGAGCAGAGUUUGUCAAGAAAAUGGAACCAGAGAAGUUUGAGAAGCAGUAUGCAUACAAUGUGAGACACAGCUAUGGUAAAGAGGGCAAGAGGGCCAACUAUAUACACUCCCUACAGUUGCCUCAAAAUCAUUCUCUCUAACAAUCCAGGCCAAGGAGACCAUCACGGGUGUCCUUUUCGUCACUGGGAUGAUAGUCACAUUCGACAGAUGCUCACCACUCAUGGAGUUUCACAUAAAAGAGUCACUAACAUCACCGCCUAUCUGAAGGAUGACCACUACCAACUAGCCUGUCAGAAAUA